AUGGAAGAAGAAAUGCAAAUGUUCGAAGCUGUUUUCAAAAAAAAUGUAGCCAAACUAGAGAGCAUUAUAAAGUCACUGAACUUACCUGAUGAUUUAUCAGAAUGGAUGUACGGAUAUCAAUUACUUUGCAUUGCUGUAGAGACCAGGAAUGAUGAAAUCAUAGAAUUUCUGUUAGCCAGAAACGUUCCAGUAAAUAAUGCCAAUGAAGAAGAUCGAGACACGCCGCUUCAGUUGGCAGUUAAAGAUAGGAAUCUUUUCUUAGUAGAAAAGCUGUUGGAGAAAGGUGCUGAUAUUAAUAAAGAAAGUCUAUUUUCUCAAAAUGCGGUUGAUAUCACAAUAUCUCAGAAACAUGUUAACGAUUUCGUAAGAGUUUACCAUAAUAGAACUGUUCUAGAAAAACUGGUGGACCAUGUGUCUGAAAAUAAUAUCACGGAUCGAAAUUACCAGAAGCUGCUUAUUAAUCUGAUAGAAAAAGGCCAUGUUAAGUUAUCAGAAAAAUUAUUGAACAAGUGCCUGCAUGUUGAUCUAAACGAGGCAAUGAGUGCUUACAACUUUUUAUGUGUGGCAGUUGAAAAAAAAUCUUUAAAUAUCGUGAGUCUUUUAUUGGCCCGCGGUGUUGAUGUCAAUUACAUUGACUAUACACGCAUUGGUGCAAAGACGGCGUUAUAUAUUGCCUGUAAAAAUGAAGAUGAAGAAAUGGUAAAACUUCUUCUUAUCAAUGGUGCAAGUACUGAUAUUAAAAAUGGGCCCUUUGUCGCUGAUAAAUCGAGAAAUUGUUUCUCUACAUUUUACUAUCCCAUUCACGCAGCUAUCGAAGAUAACUAUGACUGUAAAGUUCUUGAACUGCUUCUAGACCACGGUGCUGAUCUCCACAAAAAGUACGUGGAUCCUAGUGGGUGUCAAGGUUCGGCACUCAGUUUAGCUUUUAGCUGCAGUCCAAUAAAAUGUAUUAAGAUGCUCAUUAAAAAAGGCGUAGACAUUAAUUUUAAAGAUGAAAAUGGCAAUUCUCUAACCUUUUAUGCUGUUAAUAAUCGAGACAAAGAGGUUUUUAAAUAUGUCUUGACACAUCAGGAUUUAAAAGUAUUAGAUUACCACAAUACUGAGCGCAUUCUGCGAGCAGCUGUUCGACUUUGUCAAAGUACAAAAGUAGAACAAAUAAUCAGAUACAUUCAGCAACAAGGUUUUAACUCUUCUUUAAAACAUGAAGUUGACGUUAAUUUAUUUAGUGACAAAGCACAUUCUCCCAUACUGCACACCGCUGCUGUGUAUUGUUAUGAUAGUUCUCAUUUGAAGCCCCUCAUUGAAUAUGGAGCUGAUGUUAAUUUUUUAAACAGUCGAGGAAGAACGCCGCUUCAUUCUGCAUUUCAGUUCAGAAGAUUAGAGUCGAUAAAAAUCCUACUUAAAUACGGCGCUGAUAUUAAUGUAAUUUGUGACGCUGGCUACACACCUCUUGAUUAUGGACUUCAAGGUCAUCUAUUCAGCAAUCGGAAAAGAGAUAACCCAGAUGCAAAUUUUUUAUCCCAAGCAAAUGGAGUUGACGAAAUUGCUAAUUUUAUCACUCAACACGUCGUGAAGCUAAAGCUUUUGAAUUUACAUGUCAAUGAAAAUAUUAACAAUGCCUUGAUAACUAGACCCACAUAUUGUUUCAGUAACUUGAUGACUGUAUUCGCAAAGCCAUUUAGAUAUCAAGAAGAAUAUAAAGAAGAAAUUAAAAAAAUGAAGCUUGAAAUAAUAAGCGACGGUGUUACUUAUUAUGAUCUCGUGACUGCUGAUUUGGUCACAUUAACUACGUACUUGAACAAUGAUGAUAUUUUUAAGAAACUUGAAUUUGAAAGCUACAAAACAGAGUUCCCGCACUAUUGGGAAAUCAUCAGUGGAUGCUUUUGGAGAGGAUUCGCCAAAAGAAGACUUGGAUAA